AUGCCACCCAACUCAGGCGGUGGGUUCCUGGGCUUGUUCAACACCACCAAUAGCGAUUCACCCAAGAACCAGAUAGUUAUGGUUGAGUUUGAUUCCUUUGGGAAUGCUGGAUGGGAUCCUUCGUAUGGACAUGUUGGGAUCAACAACAAUUCGAUAUCUUCUGCUGUGACCACUCCUUGGAACGCUAGCCUUCACAGCGGGGACACAGCCAAGGCUUGGAUCACCUACAACGCAAGCACUCAAAAUCUCAGCGUGUUCUGGUCCUAUGAUGCAAUUCCAACACCUUCCGUAAGUUCUAGUCUUUCAUACCGGAUUAACCUCAGGGAGGCUGUAUCCGAGUGGGUGAAGGUUGGAUUUUCAGCUGCUACAGUUGGUAUUUUGGUUCUGGUGGCGAUCAUAGCAUCUAUAGUUUCGUGGAAGAAAAAGCAUACUAAUAGAGAAGCAACAACAGAGAGAGAUAAUUUGACAUCGAUCAAUUACGAUCUCGAGAGAGCCGCGGGACCCAGGAGGUAUUCUUACAAAGAUCUAUCUUCUGCGACUAGCAAUUUCUCGAGGGAAAGAAAGCUGGGAGAGGGAGGAUUUGGAGAAGUUUACAAGGGCUACCUCAAUGAUUUGGACAUGGCCGUGGCCGUGAAGAAAAUGUCGAGAAGGUCUAAGCAGGGAGAAAGGAGUACAUGGCAGAGCCUCGAUAACCACCUCUUCAGUAAGAAUAGGAGUCCUCUCAUUUGGAUUGUGAGGUACAAGAUAGCUCUUGGUUUAGCCUCUGCUUUGCUCUAUCUCCACGAAGAGUGGGAGCAAUGUGUGGUACACCGGGACAUUAAGUGCAGCAACGUAAUGCUAGAUUCGAGCUUCAACGUCAAGCUUGGAGACUUCGGGUUAGCCCGGUUCAUGGACCACGAAGUAGGUCCUCAAACAACUGGCCUAGCUGGGACUUAUGGGUACAUGGCGCCGGAAUCUAUUAGCACAGGCAAGGCGAGUAAAGAGUCGGACGUUUAUAGCUUCGGGGUGGUGGCGCUAGAGAUUGCUACAGGGCGAAAAUCAUUGAAUCCACGGGAAGGGGAUUCUCAAAUUGGGUUGGUGGAGUGGGUAUGGGAUCUGUAUCGAAAAGAACAGCUACAGUCGUGUGUGGAUGAGAGGCUCCACAAGAACUUUGAUGCCAAACAAGUGGAGUGCUUGAUGAUUGUCGGACUGUGGUGUGCUCACCCAGACCAGAGCUUGAGGCCGUCGAUGAGGCAAGCAAUGCAUGUACUCAAUUUUGAGUCGGCGAUGCCGAGUCUUCCCACAAAGAUGCCUGUGCCGGUGUACCAUGCGCCGUGUGCAUCGACUAGUUCUCGUGAGCCUUCAAUAACCUAUACGAGCAUUGAAAUGGCGCGUUGA